CACUUCUACCACGCAACAUAAAAUAAAGCUGGCUAACUUAUAGCAAACAUUUUUUAGAUAACGUGGUGAAUGAAUGAAUGAACAAUAAAUAAGCAGAUUUUGUAAAUUAUCAUGUUUAGUUUCGUCGAUUUUUCUCAUGAUCCAAUGCGAUGGUGAAUUCUAGUAUCUUCAAUGUUUCUUUGAUUAAAUCCAUGUUAUUCGAUGUUUCAAACGAGGUCAUUUGGUACCCACAAUUGUAUUUUUGAGUGUUCGGUCGUUUCGUCCCAAAGCAAUGAAUUUCCAUCAAUAAUAGAAAUUUAACUUUUCCACUAAUAGGCUCUGCACACUGAGCCCAUCCCGGGGGAAUGGUGGGAUUUUUUUACAGAUGUGAAACUCCGAUUCACACUACCACCAUCCACCAUCCGUCAAAAACAGCUGAUGCCAAUAACAAGUUCAUUAAAUUUGCGCGGAAGAUUUAUUAAUUCUUGGUUAUUAUAAUGGAUGAUGAAGAUAUAGCAAUUAUUUCGGCUGUGGUUGCACAGCAAAAUAUUUUCUUGCACCAACUAAUAAUGUUGAAUAAUGAUGAUGACUUUAACUUUGACGAAGAUGAGAUGCUUGACUGGGUAACUGCCAUAAAAACACAAAAGCCAUGAAGGUUAUGGUCGUUUAAGCGGUUCGGGACAUUUUGGUAGAAAGAUGUACCAGAAAACAACGAGGCGUUUUUCAAAGAGAGUUUCCGAAUGGAGAGGCCCUGCUUUGAUAUUUUAGUGAAUCGGCUUGAAGUGCUGCGAAAGAAGGACACCAACUGCCGAGCUGCAAUUCCUUUGGAAAAGCGCAUCGCCAUUGCGCUAUACACUUUGGGCUCGUCCUCUGUGUACCGAACAGUUGGCAGGCUUUUCGGUGUAGCUCCAAACAGUGUGUGUAAUAUCCUGCACGAGUUUUGCAGAGCACUUAUCGACGAGUUUUCGAAGGAGUACAUGUCGCCCAAUUACCUAACUUCCGACAAAAUUGAUGAGUGCGUAAAGGGAUUCGAGGCAAUUGGGUUUCCUCAGUGCCUAGGUGCGAUUGAUGGAUGCCACAUCGAAAUAAAACCACCAGCAGCUGAGGCAGUAGACCACCAUAACUAUAAGGGCUGGUAUUCCACAGUCUUGUUUGCCCUAGUGGAUUAUAGAUUUACAUAUAUAAAUAUCGGCUCUGCAGGAAGGUGCAAUGACUCGAUGAUAUACCAGAAGUCAAGCCUUACAAAACAUAUCGAAGCAUCGGCAUUACUCCAAGAGAAAGCCAAGGAAAUAAGCGGAGUAAACGUCCCUGUAAUGUUUAUCGGGGACUCGGCAUAUAGGUUUUCUAAAAAGCUGAUGAAACCUUACCCGUUUUCCACAGUCGCCUCUUUGGAACAGCGCACGUUUAACUAUAACCUUACCAAAGCUAGGCGAGUGGUGGAAAAUGCAUUUGGGCAUUUAAAAGCCAGAUUUCGAAUAAUCGGAUAAGGACUUGGUAGCCACCACAAAAAUAAUAGCGCCAUAAUAAUGAGCUGUUGUAUUUUACACAAUAUAUUGAAUAUGCACAACAGCGCGAUUAAUGAAAAUUGGGAGCUUGCAACAAAUGAGCAGCGCGAACAGCCCGAUACCAGCAACAGUUCUGCUGACUUUAAUCAGUCAGCAGAACAGAUACGAUCUGCAAUCGCAAAAUAUUGUGUAGACCGUAAUGAAAAUUAAAAACUUAUUUAUUUUUAUUUUUU